UAGUUUACAAUGAGUUAAAUUUAUUUUGUCAGGAAAUUUGAAGGUGAAUGGCUAACUCAUAGUCAUACUAAUAUUUUAGAUGAGAAUUCCUGAAUGAAUUUUACUUAUUAAAAUAUGAAGAGCAAUUUUCUGCAUUAUGACUGAUGGAGAUGGAAGCCUUAAUUUGAUUCUCCAUGACAAUAACAAGGAGAUUCCAAAGACUUCAUUUGAAAAGAAGAAAGUUGGUAAAGAUGGAUUGGUACUUCAUGUCCACCAUUCAUUGCCUGGGCCGAAAGGAAAAGUUUCUAAACACCAUUUCACCUCAGCGUCCUUUGAUUUGGCAGGAGAACGACUAGCAGUGUCUGACUCUAUGGGGAACACCUUCAUUAUAGAUUUAUUGUAUAAUAAAUUUUGGAUGCUUCCUAAAUUGCCAGCAAGUAACUUCAUUGUCUUUUCAAAGUACAACCUAAAGAGACAAGAGAUCCUGGUUGGAAGUGUGUCUGGUCCUUUGCUUUUUGUCAAUGUUGAGAGUGGAGAGACAACUGGAGAGCUUGUGGGUCACAGAGAGCCUGCCUUGCAUGUGUCAUUCUGUGACUUGGAGCCCUACUGUCUCACUGUGUGUGUUAUAGAGAGUGGAGAGACAACUGGAAAGCUUGUGGGUCACAGAGAGCCUGCCUUGCAUGUGUCAUUCUGUGACUUGGAGCCCUACUGUCUCACUGUGUGUGUUAUAGAGAGUGGAGAGACAACUGGAGAGCUUGUGGGUCACAGAGAGCCUGCCUUGCAUGUGUCAUUCUGUGACUUGGAGCCCUACUGUCUCACUGUGUGUGUUAUAGAGAGUGGAGAGACAACUGGAGAGCUUGUGGGUCACAGAGAGCCUGCCUUGCAUGUGUCAUUCUGUGACUUGGAGCCGUACUGUCUCACUGUGUGUGUUAUAGAGAGUGGAGAGACAACUGGAGAGCUUGUGGGUUACAGAGAGCCUGCCUUGCAUGUGUCAUUCUGUGACUUGGAGCCCUACUGUCUCACUGCGUGUGUUGUAGAGAGCGGAGAGACAACUGGAGAGCUUGUGGGUUACAUAGAGCCUGCCUUGCAUGUGUCAUUCUGUGACUUGGAGCCCUACUGUCUCACUGUGUGUGUUAUAGAGAGUGGAGAGACAACUGGAGAGCUUGUGGGUCACAGAGAGCCUGCCUUGCAUGUGUCAUUCUGUGACUUGGAGCCCUACUGUCUCACUGUGUGUGUUAUAGAGAGUGGAGAGACAACUGGAGAGCUUGUGGGUUACAGAGAGCCUGCCUUGCAUGUGUCAUUCUGUGACUUGGAGCCCUACUGUCUCACUGUGUGUGUUAUAGAGAGUGGAGAGACAACUGGAGAGCUUGUGGGUCACAGAGAGCCUGUCUUGCAUGUGUCAUUCUGUGACUUGGAGCCCUACUGUCUCACUGUGUGUGUUAUAGAGAGUGGAGAGACAACUGGAGAGCUUGUGGGUCACAGAGAGCCUGCCUUGCAUGUGUCAUUCCGUGACUUGGAGCCCUACUGUCUCACUGUGUGUGUUAUAGAUAGUGGAGAGACAACUGGAGAGCUUGUGGGUCACAGAGAGCCUGCCUUGCAUGUGUCAUUCUGUGACUUGGAGCCCUACUGUCUCACUGUGUGUGUUAUAGAGAGUGGAGAGACAACUGGAGAGCUUGUGGGUUACAUAGAGCCUGCCUUGCAUGUGUCAUUCUGUGACUUGGAGCCCUACUGUCUCAUUGUGUGCGUUAUAGAGAGUGGAGAGACAACUGGAGAGCUUGUGGGUCACAGAGAGCCUGCCUUGCAUGUGUCAUUCUGUGACUUGGAGCCCUACUGUCUCACUGUGUGUGUUAUAGAGAGUGGAGAGACAACUGGAGAGCUUGUGGGUUACAGAGAGCCUGCCUUGCAUGUGUCAUUCUGUGACUUGGAGCCCUACUGUCUCACCGUGUGUGUUAUAGAGAGUGGAGAGACAACUGGAGAGCUUGUGGGUCACAGAGAGCCUGCCUUGCAUGUGUCAUUCUGUGACUUGGAGCCCUACUGUCUCACUGUGUGUGUUAUAGAGAGUGGAGAGACAAUUGGAGAGCUUGUGGGUUACAGAGAGCCUGCCUUGCAUGUGUCAUUCUGUGACUUGGAGCCCUACUGUCUCACCGUGUGUGUUAUAGAGAGUGGAGAGACAACUGGAGAGCUUGUGGGUCACAGAGAGCCUGCCUUGCAUGUGUCAUUCUGUGACUUGGAGCCCUACUGUCUCACUGUGUGUUCUACAUCAGCUAUCAUAUGGGACCUGAGGACUAACUGUUUAGUACAUCAGCUUACACUGAGGUCAUCCAUCUGCAUAAAACUGGUAAGGUUCAUGCCAGUAUCCAACCACAUUCUGGGGCUGUUUGAUGACAGUUCAGUGCAUGUAUGGAGACUUGACAGCCUCGUCUGUACCAAGCAGAUGUUCCCCGAGGAUUGGGGCGGACGUAACAUCAGAGCUGUGGCAUUUACCAGGAAUGGUAGAGGGAUGGUUUUGGCAGGACAGUCUGCAGCCCUAGCUGUGUUUGUGGUGGAUAACUGGACCUUACAAAAACUUAUCACCCUUCCUGACAACUUCAAGGCAGUCAAACAUUUAGAGUUCGUUCCACAAUUGUUUGACGGAGGUGCAAACAAGAUACUUGCAGUCCUCACUACCAACUGUGUUGCUUUGUUUGUGGACACAGAAAGUUCAAUUUUGCUGAGGAGUGUUGAACAAGUUGAAGGGUGUGUCAACCGGCUCGAGGCAAGCCUCAGCGGGAAGUAUGUUGUGUUACUGAUGCAGACAGGUGAAGUAGAUAUAUUCAGCAGUAGUCAGUUGAUUUUUGGUGGGAAACAUCAGCUGUUAGUAUCAGAAGCUCAGACUGACUCAGUGGCCAAGACUAGAACUAAACAGCAGCAUCAUGAACAGAUUAACAAGUUGGUAGACCUAAGUCAGUUGCGACCCAUACUGAAAGAAUUUGGAGAAUAUCCAGAAGCCUACAGGAAAUUAAUCUGGAAAACUAUUUUGGAACUUCCAGAAAACCAAAGUGCCUAUGUAACUUUGAUAAACAAGGGAAUACAUCCAGCAUUCGCUACAUUAGACAAAGUUUUCCCAUUGAGUGACAGAUCCCUUUCCAGCAGUGUUAAAAGACUUCUGUCAUGCCUGGCCUACUGGUCGCCAAUAUUUCUACAAGUCAAGCAUCUGCCUAUAUUUGUUCUGCCUUUUGUAAAACUCAUCAGACAUGAUCAGUUUGCUUGUUUUGAGACCGUUGCUUCGGUAAUAGUAAACUGGUGCCAAGGGUGGUUCCAGUUUGUGCCAUACCCCCCACUCCAUCUGCUGGACACUGUGAAGGCUCUAUUGGCAUCAGCUGACAACCAACUGAUGGCUCACUUCAACAGGUGCCAUGUAACAGCUGACCUGUACGUCUGGUCAUUGUUGGAGACUGCGUUUUAUGAGGUUUUAGGUUGGAAAGAGUGGCAACAGUUAUGGGAUCAUGUGCUUUCAAAUCAUCCAGCUCUCUUACUCUUCUUUGUUGUGGCUUUCAACAUUACUUGCCGAUCAUCCCUUAUGAACCUACACGACAUUGAAGACUUUGAGCACUUUUACCACACAGAAGUGAUGAUUAAUAUGAAUCAGCUGAUCUCCAAAUGUUAUCAGCUGUGGACUGACACUAGAGCUGAUAAACAUCCUAAACACCAAUUGACAUCCUACAAGCCUCUGCUCAGUGGAAAUAUGUACCAGAUAUUUACUGAUUACCCAAAACACCUCUUAGACAACCAGCUGGAAAAGCUUAGUUCUUUCUACGACGAGCAGGAGUUCUUGAAGGGCCAAGAGAAUAACAUUAACAAUCAGAAAGUGGGUCUUGACGCUGAGCAAAAGCAGUUGAAUGAGGCUUCAGUUAAGGAAAAUAGAUUGAAAGAGCUUGAGCAAAUCUACAGACAUGCUUUGAAAAGAGAAGAAAACCUCCUAGAAGAACAAAGACAGAGUCUGCUGGCAGCUCGUAGAGAACUGAGAGGCAAAGAGGCUGUGGUCAGAUCACAAUCAAUGGACAAAACUCUGCAAGAGAAGGCAGAUAAGUACGCUCAGUUGGAGAAACUCAUGGAUCAACUUGAAAACAAGAAAGGAACGUCAGACUUCCAGUCGUGUGGUAGUUGGAGUUCUUCACAUCAGUCGUCAAAUCCAUCUGCUCUACGGUUACAACAUGCAUCAGCUGUUUAUCAUCUUUCUAAGCUGAAAAAGUUGCAUCAACAAACAAAAAUGAGACAUCCAGAGUUAAAAAUGUGUAGCGGCAAGUUUGAAGAUUUACUUCGGAGGAUAGAGAUUGCACUGGACGAAGAAAAAAUAUCCAAACAUUUGAGGCCUUGUCACACUGAUCAAUUUAUCAAUUUGGAGGAAGAAACGCAGGCAUUGGAAGAUGAAGCGCAGCGUCUGUUGAGGAAACUCUCUACAAAAAAUCACAAGACACAUUGUUCUAAUCCAUCAACCUGUGGUUCUAAAAUUGGACAUAGCUCGUGCUACUGUUGUGGAGACACCAAAAGGAAAUAGUUUGCAAUAUGGUUUCUGAUAAGAUAAAUUUAUGUAGUAUCUAAUAAAAAAU